UUUACUCGUUCUUUUCCCACUCUGUCUCACUGAGAGCGCAACCAAAAUGUGCUGAACACUCUUUGUUUGAAUCAAAUUGAUUUUGAUUAUCUGUCCGAACGACUUGAUGAUUAUGAUUGCCAUUAUUUCUUUUGUUUACGUUUGGUAGCAGUUGACCUGUAUAAAACAAAUGAUUUAACAUAAACACACAUGUAGGCAACACUUUCGAAUGUCAGUCAGCUGGUUUUUUUUCACGCAAAAUAAAUAAAAAUAAUAUGCAAUCGACACAAGGACCAAAUUUACCACUACUCAAAAAGCUCUUCGUGGAGGUACAGAAGGAAUCCCGAUCAUUUUUGUACGAUCUCAGCCAGAAGGAAUAUAAAAAUAACAAAUUGAAUCAAAUAGUUUGGGCUGAAAUUGCCGAGUCGCUUGAACUACCACAACAUGAAGUUCAAGUGCUCUGGAAACGCACCCGGAAUAAAUACAAAGCUGCGCUUGCCAAGUCUAUCUUACCCAGUGGUAGUGCGCGGCGCCCACAAAAACAGAUGGAUUUGUUCUUGUUGCAGGAAAUGGAUUUUUUGCGACCGUUUAUAGAGGAUGCCGAACCAACAUCGACGAACUACACCGACGCCAACACACAACGAAUUCAACAUUUAAUCGAUGAAAUGGCCACAGAUCCAGAGGUUAUAGACUGUUCCAUGGAUGAAUCUUCGUCAACGCCGAUUAUUCGCAAAAAGCCAAAAUCCGUGGAUUCCACUAAAGAUAUAGAGGCAAGCUUGCAACGAUUGGAAGGUACUGCGACGAAAAUCUUGGCCACUCCGCGGGACCCGUUUUAUUCAUAUUUUGAAACGGAAAUGGAGAAAUUGUGUGACCCAGUGAAAGCAGAAUUAAAAUCACAAUUCAUUACUCAAAUUUAUGAAGCUCAAAAGAACAACGAUUUUUAAUAAUUUAUUUAUGAUUCUAUUAUUAUAUAUUAUUGCACUUUAUUAAGCUUAAACUUAGUAGAGUGUAAAACCGCAUACUAAACCUUUUUCUGGGAACUCUGAUAGAACAUGAAAUUUUGUUGAAACUUUGUAGAUUAUUUAA